AAAUUUUCCAUUCCCUCCCCCCAGAACACAGAGCAAGAGAAAGAAUUCUCCAUUUUCCUCCACCGAGAGAGAGAGAGAGAGAGAGAGAUGGCCGGCGAGAGAAGCAAGAUACUAAUAUUUGGAGGAACUGGAUAUCUUGGCAUGUACAUGGUGAAGGCAAGUGUUUCAAUGGGACACCCAACCCAUGUAUAUGCACGGCCUAUCACACCUGGAACAAUCUCCUCCAAGCAAGAGCAGCAGCACCGAGAGUUGGAGUCUAUGGGCGUCACCAUCUUUCAAGGAGACUUGGAUGAACAUGAGAAGCUUGUGCAAGUGAUUCGACAAGUAGAUGUGGUGAUCUCUACACUUCCAGUUCCUCAGUAUCUUCAGCAGAUCAAAAUCAUAAAUGCCAUCAAGGAAGCUGGUAACAUUAAGAGAUUUGUCCCAUCAGAAUACGGCAACGAAGCUGAUAGAGUUACAGCUCUUCCACCUUUCCAAGCUAUCCUUGACAACAAGAAGAAGAUCAGAAGAGCUACGGAGGCAGCUGGGAUCCCAUACACCUUCGUCUCUGCUAACUCCUUGGCUGCAUAUUUCAUAGAUUACUUGCUCCAUCCACAUGAACAAAGAGAGGAAGUUACAGUCUACGGCAGCGGCAAAGCCAAAGCGGUACUGAAUUUCGAGGAGGAUGUGGCUACCUAUACAAUAAAAGCUGCAACGGACCCCAGAACACGCCAUCGCCUUAUGAUCAUUAGGCCGCCAGGAAAUAUUAUAACCCAGUUGGAACUUAUCUCAGCCUGGGAAAACAAGUCUGGACGGAGUCUGAGGAAGGUUCAUAUCCCAGGUGAAGAACUUAUGAAGCUCUCUGAAACCUUGCCGCAUCCAGAUAACGUACCAGUUUCCAUCCUUCACAACAUCUUCGCCGUGGGAGCACAGUUGAUCUUUGAACUACGGGAAGAUGAUUUGGAGGCAUCCAAUUUAUUUCCUGAUUAUCAGUAUACAUCAGUUGAUCGUCUUCUUGACAUCUGUGUCGUUAAUGCCCCCAAACCCAAGUUAUCAACCUUUGGAUGAGAUUAGUGGUUUCUAGUCUGAGUUGUGAAAGUAAAAAGGUUCAUAUCCAAUUGUAGCUCCAUAAUAAGAAAAGAAUAAAUUUUGCAGGUUCAUUGAAUCGAUCAAUGCCUAAAAUUGUUAAACAGCUCUGAUGCUUAUGAAUUAUUACUGCAAUUCAGGUUCAUUACUGGUCGGGUCAACAUGUGUACUUUAUUUGGUCAUUAAGUUUCUGUUCUUGGGUUUUGCAUAGACAGACUCUAAGAUGUGUUAGGGUCAACAUGCACCAAUUUUUAUUAUGGUUAUUUAUUGUUACAUGUUGUAUGCUUAAUUGUGAGAGUAUGUUAAUUACAUUAAUUGUAAA